AUGCCUGGGACGUUUAAAGAAUCUAAUCAUGAAAUUGAAACUCAAAUCGCUUCUCCAGAUGACACAGAAGAAGCGAUAUAUAAAUAUUACAAAACUAAAGAAAUCUUUAGAGAAGCGUCAAUGAACGAAUUCAACAAACGAAUACCUGAGGAUGAUUUAAACGGAAUGAAAAAAGAAAGCUUCUUCGGAUUUAUAUGA